UUUUCCAACAACAAUGUUUGAUUUCUAUGUGAUAGGCGGCAUAUAUGUUAAUGUUUGAAGUGUUUAAUUUUUUCUCAUCUAAUAACAACACCUGUGUUAACUUACGUUUCUAACAGGCUCCGAGAUGGACCUGAACUGGUGAAGGUGGGAUCACGUCCGGCAAGGAGCGAGUGGUGCAGGCGACCCCGGCAGCGUGAGUGAAGGGCCGCAGCGAUGGACGCCGACCUCUACGACGAGUUCGGGAACUACAUCGGUCCCGAGCUCGAGUCCGACGACGAGGAAGAAGACUCCUACGAGGUUCACGAGCCAGACACGCACGAGUACGAUGACGAGGAGCAGGAGGAGGAGGAGGCAGCGCCUAUGGCCGUGGUGCUGCAUGAGGACAAGCGUUACUACCCGGCCGCGCUGGAGGUGUACGGCCCGGAAGUGGAGACCAUCGUGCAAGAGGAGGACAACCAGGCGCUAGCGGUGCCGCUGGUGGCGCCCGUCAAGAAAACCAAGUUCCAGCUGCGAGAGCAGCAGCUACCGGCCACCACCUACAGCAUGGAGUUCCUGGCGGACAUGAUGGACAACCAUCACCUGAUCCGCAGCGUAGCUCUCGUCGGACAUCUGCACCACGGGAAGACGACGUUCGUGGAUUGCCUGGUGCGCCAGACUCACCCGGGCCUUCGCGCCCCCGACGAGCGCCCGCUCCGGUACACCGACACCUUGUUCACGGAGCAGGAGCGAGGGGUGUCCAUCAAGGCCAUCCCGGUCACGCUGGUGCUGCAGGACGUGCGCAACAAGAGCUACCUGCUCAACGUGUUCGACACUCCAGGUCACGUGAACUUCUCGGACGAGGUGACGGCCGCGCAGAGGAUCUGUGACGGAGUCGUGCUGUUCGUGGACGCGGCGGAAGGCGUGAUGCUCAACACGGAGAGACUGCUGAAGCACGCAGUGCAGGAAAAGUUGGCAGUUACUAUCUGCAUUAAUAAAAUUGACCGGUUGAUGGUGGAGCUGAAGUUGCCUCCACAAGACGCCUACUACAAGCUACGGCAUAUCGUUGAAGAAAUAAACGGCCUCCUCAGCUUGUACGCAGACGAGGAGAACGUGCCGCUGGUGUCUCCCAUCCUGGGCAACGUGUGCUUCGCAAGCUCUCAGUAUGCAGUCUGCUUCACCCUGCGCUCGUUCGCCAACAUCUACGCGCAGUCCUACCCCGGGGUCAACGUGCGGGAGUUUGCCCGCCGCCUCUGGGGCGACAUCUACUUCAACAGCAAGACGAGACGCUUCUCCAAGAAGCCGCCUCACGGGUCUGCACAGCGCAGCUUCGUCGAGUUCAUUCUCGAACCCCUCUACAAGAUAUUUGCUCAGGUGGUGGGCGAUGUGGACUCCACACUGCCGGCCGUGCUGGAGGAACUGGGCGUGAAGCUGACGAAGGAGGAGAUGAAACUGAACAUACGCCCGCUGCUGCGUCUGGUCUGCACCAAGUUCCUGGGAGACUUCACCGGCUUCGUGGAGAUGUGCGUGGAGCACAUUCCCUCGCCGGCAGACAGCGCCCGUCUCAAGGUGCAGCACAUCUACACCGGGCCCCUGGACUCCAAGCUGGCCGAGGACAUGUGUGCCUGCUCGCCCGACGGCCGGCUGAUGGUGCACAGCACCAAGAUGUACCCCACGGAGGAGUGCACCUUCUUCCAGGUGCUAGCGCGUGUCAUGAGCGGCACGCUCAGCGCGGGUCAGGAGGUGCGUGUGCUGGGGGAGAACUACUCUCUGUCGGACGAGGAGGACUCUCGCAUCCUCACCGUGGGACGUCUCUGGGUCUACGAGGCGCGGUACAAAGUGGAGGUGAGUCGCGUGCCGGCCGGCAACUGGGUCCUGAUUGAGGGCAUCGAUCAGCCGAUCGUCAAGACUUCCACCAUCACCGACAUCAACAUCUACGACGAUUUGUACAUCUUCCGACCCCUUAAAUUCAACACUCAGUCCGUCAUCAAGAUAGCAGUGGAGCCGGUGAACCCCUCGGAGCUGCCCAAGAUGCUGGACGGGCUGCGCAAGGUGAACAAGUCGUACCCGCUGCUCGCGACGCGCGUGGAGGAGUCGGGGGAGCACGUGGUGCUGGGCACGGGAGAGCUGUACCUCGACUGUGUCAUGCACGACCUGCGCAGGAUGUACUCCGAGAUCGACAUCAAAGUAGCAGAUCCGGUGGUGGCCUUCUGCGAGACGGUGGUGGAGACGUCUUCCCUCAAGUGCUUUGCCGAGACGCCGAACAAGAAGAACAAGAUCACCAUGAUCGCCGAGCCGUUGGAGAAGGGCCUCGCGGAGGACAUCGAGAAUGAAGUCGUCCAGAUCUCGUGGAACAAGAAGCGGCUGGGAGAGUUCUUCCAGACCAAGUACGACUGGGACUUGCUUGCGGCGCGCUCCAUCUGGGCGUUCGGGCCGGACGUCACGGGCCCCAACAUCCUGGUGGACGACACGCUGCCGUCGGAGGUGGACAAGGGCCUGCUGGGCUCCGUGAAGGACUCCAUCGUCCAGGGCUUCCAGUGGGGCACUCGCGAGGGUCCCCUGUGCGAGGAGCCUAUCCGCAACGUCAAGUUCAAGAUCCUGGACGCGGUGAUAGCCCAGGAGCCCCUGCAUCGUGGUGGGGGCCAGAUCAUCCCGACGUCGCGCCGCGUGGCGUACUCUGCCUUCCUGAUGGCCACGCCACGCCUCAUGGAGCCCUACUUGUUCGUGGAGGUGCAGGCCCCGGCCGACUGCGUGUCUGCCGUCUACACCGUGCUGGCCAAGCGCAGGGGCCACGUGACGCAGGACGCACCGGUGCCUGGCUCCCCCCUGUACACCAUCAAGGCCUUCAUCCCGGCCAUCGACUCGUUCGGCUUCGAGACGGACCUGCGCACCCACACGCAGGGCCAGGCCUUCUGCCUGUCCGUCUUCCACCACUGGCAGAUCGUGCCGGGAGACCCCCUGGACAAGAGCAUAGUGAUCCGCCCCCUGGAGCCGCAGCCCGCCACGCACCUGGCGCGGGAGUUCAUGAUCAAGACGCGUCGGCGCAAGGGCCUGAGCGAGGACGUGUCCAUCAACAAGUUCUUCGACGACCCCAUGUUGCUGGAGCUGGCGCGGCAGGAUGUGCUGCUCAACUACCCGCUGUAGCGUUCCAAUACCGUUCGUGUGUCUCUGUUUGGAAAAACUAGCGAUAUAAUCAUGUGCAUAAAAGUGAUGAGAUGCUACAGGCACACUCUCUGCCUCCCAGCUGUAGGGAGACUGGCGAGGAAGCUGGUUUUCAGUGAUCACACCCAGCACAACCUCCCUUCUAAUCCGCCCUUCCAAUCAACUCUGCCGGUACAAACCUUGGCCUUGUUUCGCAAAUAAAAAAAUCCUUUUUGGCUCGGCAUACAGACGCAGUAGAUUUCAAAGUUAAUAUUUAUUUUGGAACAUUCUGGAACUUUAGGAAAAUUCUAGAAAUUACUUGGACAUUGUGGUAACUUUAUGUUCAAAGCACCCUACAUGUUUUCCUAUCCGCUGCAGUUAAAGUUUUGAGCGGGUUUUUUUUUUCUUCUUCUCAAUACUUCUAGUAUUUUGAUGUCUAGUAUUUCUGGAAUACUCUCGAUAAAGGCCACAGUAUCUUAGUCGAGGAACAAUGAGGCCCUAUAAUGUUAGAGCCUCGUUUGAGAGCGUAGCUACUGACACUGCUGGGCAAUUUCCCAGGACUGGUGGCCAAUGAUUAUUUCACUAAGUGGCCAGAGACUUGUGUAUUCCUAACCAGGAAGCCACUGCUGUGGCGUACGUACAAGUCAACCUCAUUUGCAGAUUCAGAGUACCGAUGAAGCUGCACUUAGACCAAAACCACUAUUUUGAUUUGACUAUAUUCUAGCGCUAUCCAUGACUGCUGGUGAUGUGUUUGGACAGGAGUAGAGGCUACCCUGUCACAUCAAGUAAGGGCAUUCUCGCUCCACCGACUAUGACAAUCAUCUUGAGGAGCAUAUGACAUUCAUACACAUGUGACCUUGUGUAAGGUCACGUUAUGCCUUGUUUUAAUGUAUUUAUGCCGAAAACAUUUAAGGAUGUGAUAAAAUUAUAAUUAACCUUACCUGUAACCGGUGUAGGGAAAACAAAAUGUCUUCGAGUCCUAGAUAGGGUAGUGCUGUGUGCUGCAGAAAUCACAUCACAUUCAGCAAACACCAUAAAUAUGAGUAGAAGUUUGAGUAAACGUUUUCCUGUCAAGUGUCAACAUAACCACAUGAACUCAGGGGUACCAACCGGGCAUGUCAAGCUUAGUAAAAGAGAAGAGUAUGAGUGGAAGCCUCGUCCGUAUAUUGAUGGUUCGGACUAUGGUGGAUAAUGUAAUCAUCUGUAAUGUUCUGUAUUCCUAGAAGAUUGAGUAAUUGAGGGGCAAUAGGAGGGAAGGGCAUGUAUACUCGGGGUCGUGGUAGUUUUGGAGACAAGACAGCAAGGAGAACGACAAUGCCGACAGUGUUAGAAAGUUGUUUGGACAGCUAACUGUUAAAGUGGUUAAAUUUCUGUGAUGGUUAGUAAGAAAUUGUAUGUCUAAAUUUAUGCUAUUGUGGUGUAACUUUACUUAGAGCAUAUGAUCCUGUCAUGGACUUGUCUUUGUAUGAGGCACGUAGUUAAAUGUGUUUGUGAUGCAAAACUGUACUAUAACCAAAAUAAAUUUCAUUUUGUAAAUUUUAA